GUUUGUUUUGUCAGUCUCUUUUAAAGACAUAACAGAAGUACAGAAUUACAACACUGUGACGGUCACAUUAAAACGAUGUUUCACAUUGUGGAAUUUGCAGACAAAAAGGUUGCAGUAGUCCCAGCUGUUUGGGUAUCGAAUGGAAUCUGUAGCUGGCCCCCAUACAAAAAUGGAAACGAGAUGAGCAAGGCAGUGAAAAAGCAAGAAAUUCCGAAUCCAGACUGGGCAAAAUACGCUGUCAUAGUGAGAUGCACGAAAAAUUCAUACGAUGCUAUAAGGCCUAAAUUAGCACUGGCUGAACAGCAAAGUGAUCUACAAACAGAGAGUGAAGAUGACACAAUGCCCUCAUACAGAAGAAGGAAAGGAAUGGGAUUCAAUAGGAAAUAUAUUCAGUGUGACAGUGAAGACGAUGUUGGAGACAAUGGUGAUUUUGAAGAAACAAUAUCUGAUGUAAAUUAUCUGCCAGAUACUGCCAAUGCUACUAGACAACCAACUAAUGCGACAUCACCACCCAAUGUGCCAGAAAGAACUCUAGGCAUCACACCACCACCCCUGUUUCCACCACCUCAGCUCCGAACAACAUUGAUGGUAAAUACCCCAGCAACCCGACAAAUGCAGAGCGAGGCAGAUGCAUCUACUAGUCAAGCCACUGAUGCUGGGACAAUACCACCCAAUGUGCCUGAAAGAACUCUAGGCAUCACAGCACAAACACCUCAGCUACCGACAUCACUUAGGUUAAAUACCCCAGCAAGGAGACAACUGCAGAUCGAGACAACCACACCUGUGCAGAUCGAAAUUCUCACUCAGCUUGAAAUAAUCAAGCAGCAACAGGCCCAAAUCCUGCUGUUACUACAAAAACAAAACUCUAUGGGUGCUAUGGGUACAGACCAGACAGAAGUGGUGGCGAUAGCAGCAAAGUUUCCCAUUAAGGACAGGAGUGGUCUUACCACACUAGAGCAGGAGCUUCGUGAAAGCCCAGCCAUCAAAGAGAAAGCAAUAAACUAUUUUGGCAUCAUCGGGGGUACAAAUGUAAGAGAUACGACAUGGCGUACUCUUCAGAAGAUGAUUUCAAAUGACCUUGCUAGAUCAAUGAAUUGGAAAGGGGCCAAUGGAAAGGUCUCAUUCAGCGACUCGUUUACGAGAAAUAGUCAAUCGUAA